GGGAGGGAGUGCGGGGGUCACGGGGUUAGCUGGCAGAAGUCACAUGAUUAGGAACACUGAAAGGGGGGUUGAGUUUCCUGAAACAUCCUGGUAAUCAUGCCUACCACACAGCAGUCUCCACAAGAUGAGCAGGAAAAGCUUCUUGAUGAAGCUAUUCAGGCUGUCAAGGUUCAGUCUUUUCAGAUGAAACGCUGCCUGGACAAGAACAAGCUCAUGGAUGCCCUGAAACAUGCAUCCAACAUGCUUGGCGAGUUACGAACCUCUAUGCUGUCUCCUAAGAGUUACUAUGAACUCUACAUGGCAAUCUCUGAUGAACUGCAUUACCUGGAGGUUUAUUUGACUGAUGAGUUUGCUAAGGGCAGAAAGGUGGCAGAUCUAUAUGAGCUUGUCCAAUAUGCAGGAAAUAUUAUCCCCCGCCUUUACUUGCUGAUCACUGUGGGUGUGGUGUAUGUGAGAUCAUUUCCUCAGUCUCGCAAGGAUAUCCUGAAAGACUUGGUGGAAAUGUGCAGAGGAGUACAACAUCCCCUCCGAGGUCUUUUCCUUCGAAACUACCUACUCCAGUGCACAAGAAACAUUUUGCCGGAUGAUGGGGAACAGCCUGAAGAGGAGACGACUGGAGAUAUAAAUGACUCGAUGGACUUUGUACUCCUGAACUUUGCGGAGAUGAACAAACUGUGGGUGCGAAUGCAGCACCAGGGCCACAGCCGGGACCGUGAGAAGAGGGAGAGGGAGCGGCAGGAGUUGAGAAUCCUUGUUGGAACCAACCUGGUUCGGCUGAGCCAGCUAGAGGGUGUCAAUGUGGAAAAAUACAAACAGAUUGUGCUGCCUGGGAUCUUGGAGCAGGUAGUCAAUUGCAGAGACGCCCUGGCUCAGGAAUACCUCAUGGAAUGUAUUAUUCAGGUUUUUCCUGAUGAGUUUCAUUUGCAGACUCUCAACCCAUUCCUGCGUGCCUGUGCUGAGCUACACCAGCAUGUUAAUGUCAAAAACAUCAUUAUUGCAUUGAUUGACAGACUUGCUUUAUUUGCUCACAGAGAGGAUGGCCCUGGUAUUCCGGCAGAUAUUAAAUUGUUUGAUAUUUUCUCACAGCAAGUAGCUACAGUUAUACAGUCACGACAGGACAUGCCUUCUGAGGAUGUGGUUUCAUUGCAAGUGUCCCUCAUUAACUUGGCAAUGAAAUGUUAUCCUGACCGUGUGGACUAUGUUGACAAAGUUUUGGAGACAACUGUUGAAAUAUUUAACAAAUUGAACCUUGAACAUAUCGCCACCAGCAGUGCAGUAUCAAAAGAACUGACAAGGCUUUUGAAGAUUCCAGUUGACACCUACAACAACAUUCUGACAGUACUAAAGCUAAAACACUUCCAUCCAGUGUUUGAGUACUUUGAUUAUGAGUCGAGGAAGAGCAUGAGUUGCUACGUCCUAAGUAAUACCCUGGAUUACAGCACUGAGAUUGUCUUGCAGGAACAGGUGGAUGACAUCCUGAACCUGGUCUCGACACUGAUCCAGGACCAGCCUGACCAGCCUGCUGAGGACCCUGAUCCUGAGGAUUUUGGCGAGGAGCAGAGCCUUGUGGGAAGGUUUAUUCAUCUUCUGCACUCUGAGGACCCAGACCAGCAAUAUUUGAUUUUAAACACAGCCAGGAAACACUUUGGUGCUGGAGGGAAUCAGAGGAUUCGCUUCACACUACCCCCUUUGGUAUUUGCAGCUUAUCAGUUGGCUUUCCGUUACAAAGAGAACUCCAAAGUGGAUGACAAGUGGGAGAAGAAGUGUCAGAAGAUUUUUUCCUUCGCCCACCAGACCAUCAGUGCACUGAUCAAGGCUGAGCUGGCUGAACUGCCCCUUCGGCUGUUCUUACAGGGGGCACUGGCAGCCGGGGAAAUUGGCUUUGAGAACCAUGAAACUGUGGCAUACGAGUUCAUGUCACAGGCCUUUUCCCUUUACGAGGAUGAAAUCAGUGAUUCUAAGGCACAGCUAGCAGCAAUCACUUUAAUAAUUGGAACAUUUGAAAGGAUGAAAUGUUUCAGUGAAGAGAAUCAUGAACCUUUGAGGACACAGUGUGCACUGGCAGCUUCCAAACUCCUGAAGAAACCAGACCAAUGUCGCGCUGUCAGCAUCUGUGCACAUCUCUUCUGGUCUGGCAGAAACACAGAUAAGAAUGGAGAAGAGAUUCAUGAUGGGAAGAGAGUAAUGGAGUGUUUGAAGAAAGCCCUAAAGAUAGCCAAUCAGUGCAUGGACCCAUCAUUGCAGGUCCAGCUCUUUAUCGAAAUCCUAAACAGAUACAUCUUUUUCUUCGAAAAAGAAAAUGAUGCGGUCACCGUGCAAGUCCUCAACCAACUCAUCCAGAAGAUAAGAGAAGAUCUUCCAAACCUAGAGGCAAGCGAGGAAACAGAGCAAAUUAACAAACACUUUCACAACACACUGGAGCAUUUGCGCCUGCGGAAAGAGUCUCCUGAAGCUGAUGGACCAAAUUAUGAAGGUCUUGUUCUGUAGAGGGCACAGUGCACUAACUAUUCCAUCCAGUGGCUAAAUUCCUCCCCUUAUCUGCCCCAUUUUUUUGGGUUUGGUUUUCUUUAUUUUGACCUACUACAUUUUAGUGUUAGAUUUUUGUAGAGAGUGCCUUUAAAAGGUGUAAGGAACACAAGGCUCCCAUUGUCCUUUGGCCUAGCACUUCUCUCGCAUUUCUCCAUUUACUGUUAAAACUGCAGGUUGAAACCAGUGCCCCCCUGCUACUCCCCACCCCAAUCCUCAUUGAGGCAAACUAAUUGCAGAAUAUUCUGGUUUCAUGUAUUUAGCGAGAUUCACAGAUUCACAGGUUUGCCUGUGAUGUUCACCCCAGUUUGUGGAAGGUUAACAUUCUAAUCUAAUGACUUCAUUUGUGUUAUGUAUUCUUGCUUCUGUAUGUCUUAUUUGUCCUGUAUUGUUGUGUUCCAAAGUGGCAGCAGAUGCACAUUUUAGUGUUACUUUGUGGAACAGCGACAACUGCAGAAUAUAAAUGUUCUUGGGACAACUUUUUCUUGGGAUUCUCAUUGCAUUCUUCACUUAAAGCAGACAAGUAUGUUGUCCAGGUUAAAGUACAUUAAUGCAUGUAUGUAUGGAAACGUAAAAAAAAGAAAAACAGAUUUGUGCUAUAAGACCUAUGUAUGGUACAUAUGAGUGAAUAUACAAGCUAGACAUUGGUCACAACAUGUUAUGGUCAACUUUGAUCCAAGAAACAAAAUAUGAAUGUUUUUGUUUGAGUUUAUUUUCAAUCUGGAUUUUUCUUCUAUAAUGUAUGUAUAACCUUGUUGUAAAUCAGUAAAAAUACAUCAUGGAUAUCACAUUAUUUGCACAAUUAAACAAUAAAUUACAAUUAACCAUAUUAUUGAA